GCAUUUUACGUCUCGUCGAAAUUUGCCAUUUGAUUUCUCGAUGGUUAUUUAAAUGAUAUUUUUGACGUUCGUGUAUCAAGUACAUUUUUAAGUUUAUAAAUCUUUGUCAUCUAUGAAAAAAAAAGCUUUUGGUGAUCGUGGGCAUCGACGGCCAUCAGUGAGAGUGUCUUUUACGUUUAACGGAAAUAAAAAUGGAGUCCCAUCAUAAUAAUAACGGCUUGCCAUCAUUGGAGUCAUUGGAGAAUAAAGCUAGCUCUUCCAGCAACGAGCAUGGCAACAAUAAUUCCUUGGACGAUGCCGUAGGCAAAUUACUACAAGGGUACGAUUGGACACUACUUCCGGUGACUUCGCGCGCCGGCGGACGAAGAAGCGCCCACGUGAAACGGCCGAUGAACGCCUUCAUGGUGUGGGCGCAGGCGGCAAGGCGAAGAUUAGCUGACCAAUAUCCGCAAUUGCACAAUGCUGAGCUGUCGAAGACGCUGGGAAAGUUAUGGAGGAUCCUGAGCGAUGGCGAGAAACAGCCGUUCAUCGAGGAAGCCGAGAGACUGCGGAACGCACACAAAAAGCAGCAUCCGCACUACAAGUAUCAACCUCGUCGUAGGAAGCCGAAAUCGGACGAUCAGAUGGGUAUUAUCGUGCACAGGGGUGGACUUCCAUCGCCGGGGACCUCCCUCGACUCCUCAGCCAGUUCCUCUGAUUGCACCUACACCCGCCUAUAUCCGGACGCUGGUGUGAAGGCGUACGAUCGACCGACAGCCUAUCACGAACCGAAGUCUAGCGCUUACGACUUAGCUCGACCAGUCUGGGUCAACGAGACAGUCGCCAAGUAUCCCGUCGUCGAUCAUCCUAACAAGUCAACGUACGAGACGACAGCUAGAAGCUAUACCGAGGCAAAAUGCCACGAAGUAGCUAAGUACCAUCACGAGAUGACCGGCACCAAGUAUCACCACGAGAUGGUCGGUACCAAAUACCAUCACCAUCAUGAGUCGGCGGCGACCAAGUAUCCAGAUCUGCAGGCCAAACCUUAUGAUCUACCCAAGUAUCCAGAAGCCAAAGGAUAUCCGGAUGGUCUUAAGUACUCCGCGGAAAUGAGCAGCGGUGCGGCCGUAGCCGCAGCCGCCGCGAAGGCAUCCUACACUUGUGUACAUGGACAAUACUACCCUACCGCGGAGGGGUACACCGUGCACGGCGAAGAGAACGACUACCAGCCGCAGAGUGUGUCGACACAUCCCUCUUUUUACCCUUACAUUUCGGCGUCCAUGGCGCAACCACCGUACUACAUGGGACCUCGAUAGAUUGUGAACAGAAAGAUAUAGGAGGCGACACGAGACAAUUCUUGAAGAUUUUCACAAGACCGAAUAAGAUUACACGGUGCAUAUUGAAUAAAAUAAAAUCGUUCUCUUGCCAAUUACGACAAUAUUUCUGAUAAAUAAAACCAAGAUCGUGUCAUCCUCCAUUCUGACUGUAAAUUGUGUUUUACUUAAAUCUUGAUAUUAUGCAAGAAUUUUGGAGCGAUGUGUGUAUGUAUGCAUGGAUGUGUGUGCGCUUGAUAAAUUUCGAGCGUAGACGAUCGUUAGAAUCAAGCAAGAUUCAAUUUAAUCGGAUAUCGUGCGCUUAAUGAAACUGUAAAGUACUUAAAUAAUAGCGGUUGUUGUACUUAACAAUAAAUUGGUAACAUUAAAUUGGUUAACUUUGUUUUACUAAGCGAGAUAUAUUAUUCGAUCGCCUUGUAA